CUAAUUAAUGCCAAGAAAUUUAGAAUUUUAAAAGAAUAAUUAAUAAAUAAGGAAUAAUAAAUUAAUUUUAUAUUUUGUUUAAGGAAAAAUUUUUGAAGAAAAAGCAUACGUUGUUUUUAUAAAGUUGUUGCCCUGAGUACUUGGUAUGCUAGAUCCGGAGCUAAAGCUCUGGUGGAGCUUUGUAUUUGAACAUAAAUCCCAUCUUUCUGAAAAUUUAUCAUUGGCGGCGCUGAUACUUGAAAAACUGUUGGUCAAAAAUACUGCAUCUUUAGGCUACGUUUAUUCUAGUUUGAGCGCCGGCACUAAUUACUAAUUUUUUUAGAAAGAUGAAUUCUCUUUUCUAUCUUAUAUAAACUUUAAACAAAAAAUUCUAAAAAAAUUAAUGACAAAGCAGUUCUAGUUUUUUAUCCCUUUUUGUUCUUGUUUAUCCUAAUGAAUGAAAUUUUGUUGAGUGCCAUUCUUUUCCAACCUAAUUUUUUCUAAAUUUAGUAAAAAAAAAGAAAAUGGGGCCAAAGGACUGUUAUUUUCCUUUUCUCUAAUUUUUUUUUCACAAAUAAACGUAGAGGAAAGGGGCAUUGUGGCGGAAAUAAAAUUAAUUGCAUUGAAAAAAAAGAAUUUUUUGUUUAAUUUAAAAAGAAAAAAAAAGUUUAUUAUAAAAAAAAGAUGUUUGAAAGUGUGUGUGUGUGUGUGUGUGGCAG